AUGGUUAAAUCCCCUUAUACACCAGGAAAGUAUCACAUCGCUUAUGGCUUGGCUAAAGCAAGCCGAGGUGAAAACAACGUCCUGAUCUUUGACCUGGGAGGUGGCACAUUUGACGUCUCCAUCCUCACUAUUGAUGACGGGGUCUUUGAGGUGAAGGCUACAGCAGGCGACACCCAUCUGGGUGGAGAAGACUUUGACAACCGAAUGGUGAACCACUUUGUGGAAGAAUUCAAGCACAAGAAGGACAUCAGCCAGAAUAAGAGAGCUCUGAGGAGGCUCAGAACAGCUUGUGAGAGAGCCAAGCGCACCCUGUCCUCCAGCACCCAGGCCAGCAUUGAGAUUGACUCUCUGUAUGAGGGCAUUAACUUCUACACUUCCAUCACCAGGGCUCGCUUUGAGGAACUCUGUUCAGACCUCUUCAGGGGAACCCUUGACCCCGUUGAGAAGGCCCUGAGAGAUUCCAAGCUGGACAAGUCUCAGAUUCAUGAAAUUGUUCUAGUCGGAGGCUCUACACGUAUUCCCAAGGUGCAGAAACUCCUUCAAGACUUCUUCAAUGGGAAGGAGCUAAACAAGAGCAUCAACCCUGAUGAAGCUGUCGCCUAUGGAGCUGCUGUACAAGCUGCCAUCCUGACGGGUGACAAGUCUGAGAAGGUCCAGGAUCUGCUCCUGCUGGAUGUGGCCCCGCUCUCUCUUGGUCUAGAAACAGCCGGAGGAGUGAUGACUGUACUCAUCAAACGCAACACCACCAUCCCCACCAAGCAGACACAGAUCUUCAGCACCUACUCUGACAACCAGCCAGGUGUCCUCAUCCAGGUCCUCGAGGGUGAGAGAGCAAUGACAAAGGACAACAACCUCCUGGGCAAGUUUGAACUGACUGGCAUUCCUCCAGCUCCACGUGGAGUGCCACAAAUUGAAGUCACCUUUGACAUUGAUGCCAACGGAAUCCUCAAUGUGUCUGCUGUGGACAAAAGCUCAGGAAAGCAGAACAAAAUCACCAUCACCAAUGACAAGGGCAGACUGAGCAAAGAGGAAAUAGAGAAGAUGGUGCAGGAGGCAGAAAGGUACAAGGGAGACGAUGAUGUCCAGAGGGAGAGGGUUGCUGCUAAGAACUCUCUGGAGUCCUAUGUCUUCAAUCUGAAGAGCACAGUGGAGGAUGAGAAUAUCAAGGAGAAAAUGAGUGCAUCAGAUAAGAAGGCCAUUGUGGAGAAGUGUAAUGAGGUCCUGUCAUGGCUGGACAAGAACCAGCUGGCUGAGAAAGAGGAGUACAUCCACCAGCAGAAGGAGCUGGAGAGGGCAUGUAACCCUAUCAUCUCCAGAUUGUACCAAGGGGCAGCAGGUGGUGGGAUGCCAGGAGCCAGCUGCAGUACUCAGGCCAGACAGGGCUGCAACCCCGGACCUACCAUUGAGGAGGUGGAUUAA